AUGAAGUACCUUAUAGAGCAUUUACCGCGAAUAGAGACUGUUACGCUUAUUGUUGAGAGCGAGCAGGUAUAUGGAGUAAAAAAUCUGAGAACUUAUAGUGUCGAAAUUGUCGAUGUCAACGGCUCACCCUGUACUAUAAAUUUACCUCAUCGCAUACAGAUAAACAGCGGAAGAAUAGGCCUUCAAAUGAGCGAUGGAGGAUGCCAAACACUACGAUUGAAAGCUUCGAAAGAAGCAGAAUUGAAUAAUGUUUAUAAGGAUCGAUCUGUGAAUAGGCCCAUGUUGGCCUCCCCACAAAUGUGGAUGCGAAAAGAUCUCAUGGAAAAAAAGGAAUUCGAAAUUCAAUGUGCCCAUUGUCACUAUCCUCUGAUCUCCAACCAGGACUGCGGCAAAUUGAGCGAUCUGCCGUCUGAAUUCUGGGUGGAAUUAAUGGACUACUGGCACUGUCACAAGCCGAUCAUUAACGACAAUGUCAGCGUAGACCGUUACGCAAGACUGCAUCCGCGAGAUGAUGAGCUUUUGGUCGGUUCCUCACUUUUUCGCGUAAAGAGCACUUGGCCAACUGCAAGGUUGAUCUUCAACGGAACUCACACACGCUGCGCCCGGUGCCAGUAUGAGUUAGGCCGAGUGUCCGAGGAUCCAGCUCUUUACAAUAUCAACAAGUGGAGCGUACAAUUGGCUAAAGGUGAAUUACUUGAAAGCUAUCCACCUGAACUUCACAUCAUCUCGUCGCUUCUCAACUCCUUAAACUCCAGCGGGACUCGCAUUGUAAACUUAAAAAGCUCCAGCAGCGAGGAGCAGCUACUGAUCUGGAUAUUUGUCGUUGGUGUUAACAUUACUCUCAGAGACAAUGAAAUACUAGAAAAUUGUAUCAAAAUAUACUAUAAAACGGGGAAAGAGCCUCUGUCUCAAAGUCAAGAUCAGAAUGUCGACCAAUUGUCUGUGGACGGUCCGGUUCUGACUCACCUGAUAGAGAAACUCGAAUCUAUCAAUGCGGAUCUGCCUGCCGCCGUCAAAGUGAUGCACUGCUGGAAGUUAGGCUACUUAACAACCUUUUAA